UUAGAUUGAAUGACACUGUUUGGGAACUAUUUGUGUACAGGGCUUAUAGCAACGGGGAUGUUAUUUCGGCACCGAAGUGUAUUAUUUCACCAGACUGGGGUCACAGGUACGAAAUUCUUUCUUUAGGUCACUCAGUCGACAAAGAAAGUCUACGUCUGGAUAAGUAUAAACAGACCUUUGAAUAGUGCUGGCUUGACAACGUACAGCAUGUACAAGUGUGGUCGAUUCCACCUGUAAGUGGUGACGUCUGACAUAAUUCGGACAUUUAGAGUCAAUCGCGCAUUACUAUAAAGUAUCGGUGUUGUUGUUUGUUCUUGCGCAAGGCAUCAUGGGCUCGGGCUCGUCUAAAAAGAUGGCGCCCGUCGCCACGAGGACGAUAGAGACACAGACUGACGUCAGCAACCUGGAGGACGUCUCGUCACAGCAGUCAGUUCCAGGGAUGGGGUUCUUUCAAGCUCGAAUCACUCACGGUUCCGGUACAAGAACACUCCCUCCAACCGCGACCGUUACACCGGUGACAGCCAAUGGGCAGCAGAAGCCCGCCGCGGGGCAUGACGGGAACCAGCAAGGUGAUCUACCGACGCCCAAACCUCCAUCAACAUCUAAGGACCAGCUCAUAGCCAAUCAGAACUACCAAGAGAUGGACGAACGCGCUAGAAAGGCGGCAGCAUCAGAAGCUAACUCAUUCGAUGGACUAAAUCAGUAUCUCAUGGAGGGGAAGAAAGAAACCCUUGUUGCGGAAGAAAAAUCGGAGACAGUCCAAAACGGGGAAACAGUGGCCACCGUACAGGAUGGGCCCCAAAAUGAAGCUGUGGUAGUUGGUGGAACAUCGCAAGGUCAGUCCGAAGCAAACGGUGAGACAGGAGAAGUUGAAGAGCCCCAAAACACGACUGAAACCAGCACGACCCACCAGGACGCAGUGACAGCCACAACCGCGGAGACUCUACAAGAAGAUGUUGAGAGGCAAAUAGAGGAAGCCAAAGCCACGCAGGCGAAGAUAGACAUGCAGCAACAAAUGUCCAAGAAGAGGCAGCAGCUAUCUCUGCAGGAAAAGCUGGAAGCACGAAAGAGAAAACGGCAAGAAAACGUCCAGAGACAAGAGGAGAAAAGGGCGAGGGCGGAGCUAGAGGAGAAGCAAGGAACAGUGGACCUUGGCCAACAAUCUCAGGUGACGGACGUGAAGGAGACACGGGGUCAGACCGAGGGUAAAACCGUCAGGUUUGCUGAUGACCCCGGUACUGCCGUGAACGUGGGCGAACAACACCAAGACGUCAUCAUACCCUCAGCAUCAGAAGAGCCUGUUCUUAAAGGAGUAGACAGACAUGCGGAGAUCAAGAAGGCGGAAGAAGCUGCUCCGUUGAUGCCGAAGAUGCCGGUGACGAAGAAGGAGUCCGUGUACAGGAAGGAGGACAUCUCACUCUUCAAGGACCUGGAGGAUCACGCCGUGUCACUGGCUCUUGUGAAACCCAAGACGACUGACACGUUCGCCACCCUGAUGGAGGUCCUCCUCAUCCAUGACCUCUCUGACCUGGAGAAGGUGCGCAUGAUCUUCCACUGGGUCACUGCGCAGAACCUGAAUGAGAUGACGUUCGGUGAUGACGUGGAGGACGACUCCCCGGCAGGGUACCUGAAAGCCAUCAAGGAGGAGAGGCAGACGUACGCCACGCUGUUUGAACGGCUCUGCAGUGCUGCCGGACUCCACUCUAAGACGGUUCACGGCUACAUGAAGGGUGUCCGGUAUAACCCCGACCACCAUUUCGAGGGCCCGGGUGACAGGCACCGCGGCACGUGGAACGCCGUGCUGGUGGACGGAGAGUGGCGACUCAUCGACUGUCACUGGGGAUCCAGACAUGUCACAGGUGAUGACCAAGUCAGUGUCGACCAGCUGACCACCGUGUACAAGUAUGAAGAGUUCUACUUCCUUACCGACCCGGAACAGCUGAUCGACACCCACUUCCCCGACCAGCCCGAGUGGCAGCUGCUCGACAAAACCCUCUCUCUCGCCGACUUCGAAGCAGGCGUCAAAUGCUGGCCUCUGUUCUACAAGCUCCACGCGUCGCUCGCCAGUCACAAGUCCGGGAUGCUCCACACGGAAAACGGCACGGUGGAACUACGCGUCGGUUUCCAGAAAGAAGACUUCACCAAAGUUCGGUUCUCGUAUCGACUCAAGACAAAGGAUAGAGUCAAUACGGUAGACGGAGUCGACCUGAACCGGUACGUUCUGCAAGAGACCAUGGAAGAUCACGAGAGUUUUACAGUCCAAAUACCGGCAGACGGGCGAUAUCUCAUUGAGAUAUACGGAGGAGAAGAUACAGGAGACAAGGAGCAAACAGAGACCUCUAACGUCUGUCUCUACAUGAUAGUUUGUGAGUCUGCAAAACAGAACUGUACCCCGUUCCCCGAGUGUCCCAUAGCGCGGGGGCCAGGUAGGGACGUGGUAAAAGCUGGGAUGACACCACUGAGUCACAAGGAGGCAGUGAUCAAAACAGAGACAGGACAGGUCGAGAUCAAGUUCCGAAAGCCCGGUGACCUUGACUUUAGGCAGAACUUGUACAAGGUCAAGUGUGAAGAGACCGAGUUUGCUGGGUUCGCGGUUAACGUCUUAAAGGGCGACGAAGUGACAUUCCACGUGAGAACACCAAAGAAGGGAACGUACGGACUCAUCAUAUACAGCAAAGACGGAACGGAAGAAGAAAACAAAUUCUCACAGCUGUGCUACUAUGUCAUAGUGUGUGAGAAGGAUCCGGAUGGUAUCGUUCCGUUCCCAAAAGCUGCCAAUCAACAGUUCGGUCCGGUGAAACCUCAGUUUUCGAAACUCGGUCUCGUCCAAUCAGAAAAUGCCGACUAUCACCUUAAAACGGACAAUGGCGAGGUGAAUAUUGGUCUGAAGGUUACCAACGAUAAGUUGGUGUUCAAGCACAUCUUGUCGUCUAGGGCAGAAGAAGGGAAGGAAGGUUUAGAUCAGUACGUCUUCAGACAGACGGUGGACAGUAACGUGUCUAUGUUGUUCCGCCCUCCUCAUGCCGGAGAGUACAGUCUCGCGCUGUAUGCCGGGACAGGUGCCGAGUUGAAGAACGUGGUGAACUACUUCAUUACGUGUGACAAGCCGAGAGAGAACGUCCAACCAUUCCCUCCCAUUGGAGACGCGGGCUGGGGACCUGUCCUUCCCCCCUUCUCUGACAUUGGACUCUCCCUAGAAGCCCCCAAGACAGCAUAUAUCACAGGCGAGAAUGGAGAGGCUACCGUCAAUCUCGGUUUGUCAAAACCGGUCGGGUUGCGGUUCCGUAUGUCGCUUCACAAAGAUGGUACAAGCGAGAACAUGGACCAGUAUAUUUUCUACGAACUGGGCAACGAAAAUGGAACAGUCAAAGCUCGAUUCCCAAAAGAAGGGAGCUAUAAGGUUGAAAUGUUUGGAAAAGACCUGUCGUCAUCGUCCGAGGCUGUGCCUUUGGUUGCCAAUUUCUUUGUAGAAUGUACGCAGCCACUGAAAGACGCGACACCGUUUCCUAAAGUCGUAGGUGCCAAAUGGGGGCCAGGGUGUCGUCUGCACGAGCCAACAUCCGGGACCUUGUCACGUGAUCAGGUUGUCAACAUCAAGGUGGAUGUCCCGGAUGCGGUGAAGGUUGCAGUAAAAGGAGACUCGGUGCAGCUGAUGAACAAGGUCGAAGGGAACACGUGGGAAGCGAAGUACGCCAUCGGGAAGGCGGAAAAAUCGGUGGCUGUUUUGGCAAACUUUGAGGAAGGUUCGCAGAAAUUCGCGGGCCUGCUGGAGUUUGCAGUCGAAGACUGAGGA